UACUAUUUUAAGUGAAUUCAGACUCUUUUUACGAAUGUAUAAUUUUGAUCGAAUUCAAAAUUUCAUCUCUGUUUAAAAAAAAAGUAACAAAAAUGGGUGACGUCAAAUUACGUCACACCAAUGCCUGCAGGUAUAGCGGUAGGGAACAGAUAAUAACAGUCUCUCGUCGGUCUGGUGGACAGCAUGUCCCUGAGGGUAACAGGGUAGUAUAAAUAGACAAAGUCCGCCUCAUUGAUGUUUAUAUGUGCUCGGGGAGAGUUGUAGACUAGCAAGGAUACGACUGGCACACAUCCAGCAUUACCUGACCUACAUCUACAGUUAUGGAAAGCGGCAGGUCCAGGCAGUUAGCCGCUUCUCCAGAUCCGUAUUUCUCUUAUACACCUGUAUCCAGCCCAGAGACACCAUGUUCCAAUUACGAUUGUGUGGAUUGUGGUCCAAAGACUUUAACAAUGCUGAAACCGUUUCGAUAUACGAACGAAGAUUCUUCAACUAGUUCCGUUCAAUAUACUAAAAAAGAUGAAGAAAAUUGUGAUUUUACUGAGAAAUCCAAUAAAAGGACAUGUUCUGCUGUAUCUUCGAUUAUAGUGAAGAAACGUAGACUGGCAGCUAACGCUAGAGAGAGAAGAAGAAUGCACAGUUUAAACGUGGCUUUUGAUCGACUUAGGGAAGUUGUUCCCUCAUUAACCAACGAUAGGAAACUUUCUAAAUAUGAGACUUUACAGAUGGCUCAAAGUUAUAUUACGGCAUUAACAGACAUUUUGAUCAAAUAACUUUUU